AUGGUUAAUCCAGCCUUGAGCUCCAGACAUCCUCCUGUGGCGCUGUUUGCACUGACACUUUGCCCUCAUCAGUCCUCCAGCUGGAUGAAGGAGAUGCAGAUGGUGUGCAGGGUGGUGGUGCUCCUCAUCCUCAGCUCGUGUCUCUGUGCAGCAACAUUUGUAGUGAAUGUGACCCAGAGCUCCUCUCAGGCAGAGCAGAACCACAACAUCACCCUGGAGUGGACCUUCACCACCACACCUGAGAGAUCCUGGAGAGACCUGUUCAUCUACUGCAGCUUGUUAGCUCCUCUCAGAGAGUCAGUCCUGUAUCUGGUCCAGGAAGGUGUUGAGGUGUCACAGUUUCAGGAUGAACAGUUUGCAGGACGAGUCCAGGGGGACAAAGACGUCCUCAGAGAAGGACGCAUCAGACUCCACCUGUCCUCACUCAGGACGGAGGACUCUGGGACAUAUAAAUGUGAAGUGAGGACCAAAGAUGGUUCUGGUUAUCAAAUGUGUCGUCUGGACGUCUCUGGACGUUUGACCCGCUUCAUCUUUUUACAUCCAAGAUCAAAGUUUAAGAACAAAACGAGUCGUGCGAGAGCGUCCAAGAAGCUCAGGUCAGAGGAGCAGGUGCUCCUGCGCGGGGGCUCAAUCCCCAGACCUCCUGUCACCGGGGGUACCUGGUCUCUGCUGGACCGAUAG